AUGUCGCCGUUGAAACUUUUCAACGACGACCUUUGGACUUUCACUGGCGAUAUUAGGCAAGGGAUUGGCUGCGCAAAGUUACUCCGAUGUCCUUCUCCGUCAACCACCGUCCCCGGAACUCCAACAACCACCAUGGAUCCCUACCAAUCCCUUCACAUCAUCCUCAAUCCAGACGGCACAAUAACUCGCUUGGAAAAACACCCCGAAUCUCCAGCCUCACCUGAUCCCAACCUUUCCCAUCCUGUUCUCUCCAAAGAUCUCACCAUUAAUCCUUCUCAUAGCACCUGGGCUCGCAUCUACCUUCCCCGUCAAGUUCUGAACCACCCUCCUUCUCCCCCCACCAAGCUUCCUCUCAUUGUUUUCUUCCACGGCGGCGGCUUCAUAUUCUACAGCGCAGCCUCCACUUACUUCCACGAUGUCUGUGUUAACUUGGCAGAAAACACACAAUCUGUCGUUGUUUCCGUCAACUACCGCCUUGCCCCGGAGCACAGGUUGCCGGCGGCUUAUGAAGAUGCAAUGGAGGCGCUGCAUUGGAUCCGAACCUCCGACGAUCCUUGGUUGACAUGUUUCGCAGAUUUCUCAAACUGUUAUCUGAUGGGAGGGAGCGCGGGGGGUAACAUCGCGUACAACACGUCUCUACGUGCAGCGACGGAGGUGGACCAACUUGAACCGCUGAAGAUCCAAGGGCUGAUAUUGGUUCAACCAUUCUUCGGUGGAGUGGAGAGAAAUUCUUCAGAGCUGAGGUUAGCCGAUGAUAAGAUGUUGCCUCUGCCCGUCAACGAUCUGUUUUGGGAGCUGUCGCUGCCCGUGGGCGUUGACCGUGACCAUGGGUACUGCAAUCCGACGGGUGAGAGUGGGCGUAAGGGCCUUGAUGAAAUCGAGCGGUUUAGAUGGAAAGUGACUGUGUUUGGGAGUUAUGGCGACCCACUGGUGGACCGUGAGAUGGAGCUGGUGAAAGCAUUAGAAGAAAAAGGAGUAGAAGCGAAGGGUUAUUUUGAAGGGGAAUAUAAGCAUGGCGAUUUCUCCAAGGAGCCCGCAAAGGCCUUAGCCAAACAGCUAUAUAAGAGGAUCAAGAAAGUCAUUACUCAAUUAGUGGCUUAA